AUGCGGGGGUUGGGAGGUCAAGUAAGUGUGGCUUACAAAGAUCUAUGUCUGUUUCCAGAUGUGCAAUUGCCGGCAGGGUUUAAGAUGCCCAAGUUUGAUUUGUAUGAUGGGCACGGUGAUCCAGUGGCGCAUUUGAGAGUUUUUUGUAGCAAAAUGAGGGGAGCUGGCGAGAAAGAUGAGUUGCUAAUGGCGUAUUUCAGUCAGAGUCUGAGUGGUUCGGCGCUGGAGUGGUACACUCGGCAGGAUCAUGGAAGGUGGUAUUCAUGGGAUGAUCUGGCACAAGCAUUCGCUUGUCACUUCCAGUACAAUCUUGAGAUUAUUCCGGAUCGUCUGUCUUUGACAAAGAUUGAGAAAAAGCAUAAUGAAAGCUUCAGGGAGUAUGGUUUUCGGUGGAGAGAACAGGCAGCAAGGGUUGACCCUCCAAUAAAAGAGAGUGAAAUGGUGGAUUAUUUUCUGCAGGCCUUAGAACCUACUUAUUACGGUCAUCUGGUGUCAGCUAUAGGCAAGUCCUUCAAUGAAGUGGUGAAGAUGGGCAGUAUGGUAGAAGAAGGACUUAAGUCAAACAAAAUCAUGAGCUAUUCGGCUAUUAAGGCAACCACCCAGGCCAUUCAGAGUGAAACUGGGGGAGUAAUUGGAAAGAAAAAGAAAGAGGACGUGGCAACGAUUGAUUCGGGAGCUUGGCUGAGACAAUUGGAUAUGCUGAGGCCGAUCGAGUCAAAAUUGCCAAAUCCUCCCCCGAGAAAUCUUGAUUAUUCUGUAAGUUGCGAAUAUUGUUCUGGUGCUCCGGGGCACGACACAGAGAAAUGCUGGCAAUUGAAAAAUGCUAUCCAAGAGCUCAUUGAUACAAAUCGGAUUGAAGUCCAAGCUCCGAAGGCACCCCAACAUCAACCAGAACCCGCUGCCAGCCCAUCAAGAGACAAACAUGAUUGA